GACUCCACAAGGAGAAUGGGUCUGUGGUUGGGCCGGAUAUUAUAAUGGUAGUCACGUGGAAUGGAACGCGACGGUUCAGAAGCUGCUGCGUACAGUUUCCGGAAAAACGUUAUCAAACCUGCCCGGAUACCUGGCGAUAAGUCUGAAGGACCAGAGUUGGCAUACCGAUCAUAAGGCAACGUACGCGGCGGCUUGCGUGGGAUAUCGUGAGGUAGUU